AUGCUUGAUUAUCAUCCUUUGGUCCUGAAAAAUAAUGUAGAUUUCCACCAGAGGUUUUCUCAAAGGGGAAAUUCUGGGUGUUUUACCCAUGAUACUCCAGGGGCCCAGAAAUCCUCUAGGACAGCUGCGGAGAUUAUUCAGCUGGUGAAUGUCGGAUGUGUCCCCAAAAAGAUAAUGUGGAACACGGCUGUGCACUCUGAAUUCAUGCAUGAUCAUGUUGAUUACGGAUUUCAGAGCUGUAAUGGUAAAUUCAAUUGGCGGGUGAUAAAGGAAAAACGGGAUGCCUAUGUGAGCCGCCUGAACACCAUCUAUCAAAAUAAUCUAACCAAGGCCCAAAUAGAAAUCAUCACUGGCUACGCAUCGUUCACCGGUGACCCCAGGCCCACAGUAGAGGUCAGUGGGGAAAAGUACACUGCUCCUCACAUCCUGAUUGCAACAGGUGGCGUGCCCUCGCAUCCACAGGAGAGCCAGGUCCCGGGUGCCAGCUUGGGAAUAACCAGUGAUGGAUUCUUUCAGCUGGAAGAAUUGCCUGGCCGCAGCGUCAUUGUCGGUGCAGGAUACAUCGCCGUGGAGAUAGCGGGGAUCCUCUCUGCCCUGGGUUCUAAGACAUCACUCAUGAUACGACACGAUAAGGUACUUAGAAGUUUUGAUUCAAUAAUCAGUUCCAACUGCACGGAAGAGCUGGAGAAUGCUGGCAUAGAGGUCCUGAAGCACUCGCAGGUCAAGGAAAUUAAAAAGACUUCCUCGGGCUUGGAGGUCUCCAUGGUUACUUCAGUUCCUGGUAGGAAACCCAUCAUGACCACGAUUCCAGAUGUUGACUGCCUCCUCUGGGCCAUUGGGCGGGACCCAAAUUCCAAGGGCCUGAAUUUAAACAAACUGAUAGACCAAAUAUUUACGUGAUGUGCAUUCACAAUUGUAGGGGAUUCAGACUGACGACAAAGGUCACAUCAUCGUAGAUGAAUUCCAGAAUACUAAUGUAAAAGGCAUCUACGCAGUUGGGGAUGUGUGUGGAAAGGCU